UCCUCCUCCUCCUUCUCCUCCUCCCGGGCUUGUUGUGGAUCCGGCUCCGGCAGCAGCAGCGCCGCGGGGAGCCCCGGGACCCCCCCCCCCACCGCUCCCGGGCGUGUACGGCCCGUCGCCCCCAUGCCCACCGCCCCCCAGGGACCUAUUUAAGAGGUAAGGGCUGUUUGCCCAGCUGUGAGCUGCGGGACACGUGUGUUUUGACGAUGCUCAGGCACCGGCGCUGAAAUCCCAUAGGAAUGCCGCUGGACCGAAACUGCAGCGACGUGGCUUUCGAUGCUUUGGAGAGUGCCUGCAGCCAGAGAGGGGCUGCCUGGCCCGGCAAAGCCCAUCUAACUGACGGUCCCCAGGAUAACACCAUCAUCCCGCUGCAGAGCCGGCAGAGCCAUGCCCGAGAAGGAUGAUGAUGCCAAAAAGCCGGCAUCGGAGACUGUGCCGGACCAGCGCUGGAAGCUACAAGUCUUCUACCUCUGCUUCUAUGGCUUCAUGACACAGAUCCGGCCCGGGGAGAGCUUCAUCACCCCGUAUCUCCUGGGGGCUGACAAGAACUUCACGCAGGUAGAGGUGACGAACGUGAUCACGCCGGUGAUGACCUACUCCUACAUGGCUGUGCUUGUGCCCAUCUUCCUGCUGACGGACUACCUGCGCUACAAGCCAGUGCUGGUGCUGCAGAGCCUGAGCCACAUCUCCAUCUGGCUGCUGCUGGUGUUGGGCACCUCUGUCCUGGCCAUGCAGCUGAUGGAGUUCUUCUACAGCGUCACUAUGGCCGCCCGCAUCGCCUACUCCUCCUACAUCUUCUCCCUCGUCACCCCAUCCCGCUACCAGCGUAUGGCCAGCUACUCCCGCUCUGCCGUCCUCCUGGGCGUCUUCACCAGCUCCGUGCUGGGCCAGCUCUGUGUCACCUUGGGGGGUGUCUCCUUCCUCACCCUCAACUACAUCUCGUUGGGCUUCGUCAGCUUCGGCCUCAUCCUCACCCUCUUCCUCGAGCGGCCCCGGCGCAGCCUCUUCUUCAAUCGGCCUGAGGGGGCUGCGCCCACCGAGCUGGACAAGAUGGCCGGGGGGGAUGGCGGUGGGGGGACGCGGGGCUGGCGGGAGGCAGUGCUGUGCCGUAUGCUGCGGGAGGUGGGAGCGUUGGCUGAGCAACCCCAGCUCCGGCUCUGGUCCUUGUGGUGGGUCUUCAACUCGGCCGGUUACUACCUGAUGCUGUACUAUGUGCAGAUCCUCUGGAACGAGAUCUACCCCACCACGGACAACCGCCGGGUGUACAAUGGAGGGGUGGAUGCUGCCUCCACCCUGCUGGGGGCUGGCGCCUCCUUAGCCGCUGGCUACGUGAAGAUCCGCUGGAGGCUGUGGUCGGAGCUGGUGAUCGGGGUGGUGACAGCUUUCCAGGCGGGGCUGCUCCUGCUCAUGAACACCACCAGCAACAUCUGGCUGUGCUAUGCUGCCUACGUCCUCUUCCGCGGCUCCUACCAGUUCCUGGUGCCCCUUGCCAUUUUCCAGAUCGCUACCUCCCUCUCCAAAGAGCUCUGCGCGCUGGUCUUUGGAGUCAACACCUUCUUUGCCACCGUGCUGAAGACCAUCAUCACCAUCAUUGUGGCCGACAAGAGGGGCUUGGGCUUGUCCGUGCAUCCCCAGUUUUACGUGUAUUUUGGCUACUUCACACUGCUGGCGGUGGUCUACCUGGUGGCGGCCGUCUGUGUAGGCAUCCGGCACAGCCGCCACAAGCAGCUGGCAGAGCCGGCCUUGCCCAAGGAGCCGUGCCAGCUCCUCACCGAGGUGGCGGCACAGGAGAAAAGCCUGAAGGCAGGUGCCGUGUGAGCCUGAGCGCCGGCACGGUGACCACAGUGGCCAGGUCUCAGCUCCAUAAGUGAGCGUCACCAUCACCGUGUGCUCAGUCUCUUGUCCUGCCACUGGUCCUCAGCGCUGGCCCGUUGAGGACAUAACCCCUUAGGACCCGUUUUCUGCUCCAUGGGGGCAGGGCUGUACCCUCCCCAUCCACAAACACAACCAGAGCAGGGUUGCCAUGGCCAGGUACCACACAGGGAUACGGAUGGGGUCCGGGGAGUCUCCCAGCCACCAGCUUCCCAUCAUCGCGCGGAGCCAGGCUACAAGAGGAUAACAUUUUUUUAUUCAGUGCCUUUAGAAAAUGAUUCAUAGGACACAACCGACCAAAAAAAAAAAAAAAAAAAUCCACAGGCUUUAAAUUGCAUUAAUUACACAAAAUACAGUAGACUGUAAGAAAUAGAGACCAUGUGACUCGCACAGCUUUUAUGGUAAUAAUUUCCAUACAAUAAUAAAAAGCUAGUUACAGAUUUA